AAUUACUGAAGUGUAAUUUAAUAGUUUUUGUUGUUUAUAUUUGCUCUGGUGCAGAUUUGUCGUAAAAUCGGUAAUAUGAAAAAUUAAGUGUUUAAAAAGUUUAAUGGAGUGGUGGUAUUAAAACGCGAUACAUGGUUAAUUUAAGCCUUCUCAACUGUUGAAACAUGGUUUAAAAGGGAAUUAGAAAACUAUAAUGAUAUGCAGUGGUUUCCACUCGACUUGUGAUGUACUGGGUUCAAAUAUUUCGAUUUAUUUAGGGUAGAUACAGAGGCUUUAUGUCCAUAAUGUGAUAACAAAGCGAUGAUGGCAGUGAACUAGACGUGAAAUGGUUAAAUAAAUGAUAGCAAAACUGAUUCAAACUGCGCCAUAAGAAAGGCUGUAUUGUCGAGUAUAAUAGUUCAAUGCACGUAUGUAAUAUACAAAGACGAUACAAUGUACUGGAGGGGAAGGAAGCUAGCAGAGUGUUUUGAAUUUGAUCAUUGACCGUUCGUGUUGGAUAAAUAUUGAAUUUAGAUAUUGUAAUAUAAGCUAAUGGUAAAUAACUGGCAUGUGGAUAUAAAAUGAUCGUAUUUAUUAGCAUAUAACAAGUGCUACAAAUGAAGACCGUUUCUUAAGCGAGUUACAUUAACCAGGGUACAUUUAUGUAUAUUGUGAUACCAUUAAUGGAUAGAUUAUUGUGAGCACAGAACGUAACAUAUACACGUGCAGUGAUGGUGAAAGUUCAUUAUACAUCUUACAGGAUUACUGAAGAGUUUUAACAAGAUCUUUAAACGAGAUGACUCAAAUGUUUCGGUUCGCAGCCUGAGAAAACGAACUUGGAAGGUUAAACGUUAACUAUAUAAAUCGGGUGCGAUGGGGCGGAAGUGGAGGCGGCGGGAGCAAGCGGCGAUAGCAACAGAAGAGCCGAACGACUACAAAUGGAGCUCACAGAGCUACACGCUCAAAGGCAUCCUGGCCAGCUUCAAACUUCCGGUUGUGGUCCAGUGCCGCGAGGACACGGACGCACAGAACCUGCAGAACUUUUUCUUCGACCUACGCCAGCCGAUCCUCCUACACAGCCGCCGGACCAGUCGGAAGGUGUUCGCCAGGUGCGUGCGGACCGGGGAGGGCGGCACCGUCAAGGAACUUCUUCCGGAAGUCGUCAUACCGGAGGACUAUGCAGGCUGGUUCAAACUCAGCAAGGGCCUGGAAUUUGCCAAACCAGUACCUCAUAAAUCAGUGGAAGCCAUCGCUGAAACCAGCUCCGGGUUCUUCCUCUGUACCACGGAAUUCAACGCCAUUGUUGUUACGGAAUCAGUCGAAGAUGACGAAAACAGUUCGGCAAGUUUCGUACGGCCCGUCGUAGAAGGCGAGGUUCUACGGAAAACUGGCAUCCAGAAAUUGAAUCGGCUCUUGCUUCCGGAGCCAGAGAGAUCAUUUACGCUUGACAAUCGCUAUUUAUUGUGUAUAGAUGAAAAAGACUGUGAAUUAUUUGUGCCACUGUCACAGACGGGACUAUUUUACGAAGUAUCAGAUGGUAAUUUUGACAAAAAUGAUAACUCGGUUGUCCAAAUUUCAGACCUUUUGGACGAAAUGGUAGAACUACCCUUGUACGUCAGACAUAUUCUUGGUGACCCUCCGCCCAUAUCAAAAUUUUAUUCCCCUAACCUGAAACUAGUCCGAGUAAUGGAAGAAGAGACGGUAAUGGGUUCUACCCUGGAAACUGACGAAGAAGCUCUUCCAUUGGAGAUACAAAGCAACUCACCAAUAAAGUUUGAAAUUGCAUUGAAUACUCGUAUGCUUCAGUUAUGUAGUGAAUACACUGAAGCUGUUGAACUAUGUAACAAUCUUUCUCCGAGUUAUGUUACAGAUAUGAAGCUGGCAGUCACAUUUAAACUUAAACCAGAGGAAGAAACAAUCACCGGUGUCGCCGAGGGGCAGGAUAACCCUGCUUUUUCACCAGACUCGAAUGAACAAUUAGAUUCAUUAACAAACUCAAUGAGAACGACAUUAACAACGAAUUCAGCGGGGAAGGAGAGUGAAUGUGGUGAAGAAGAAGCGAACUCGGAGUUUAACAUCCAGUGGCAACCGACGCCUAAUCCAAGUGCACGAAACACACCGGACAAUACAUGUGCGGAAAACGAUAAAGAAAACGAGUGUGAAAGUGUCGAUGGUAGUGUUGAUACUGAACAAGCCAAGAAACUGAACACUGUUCUUGGUGGCCAUUUCUUUAAUACUGAACAAAGACCAUAUGAAAACAUCGUGUCAACUAACAUUUCACCGCCAGUUCAGUGGCUUUCCAAAAGUCUUUCAGACACAAAUCUCGGACAAUCUGAACAGAGUGAAUAUUUUGUUUUUAAUUCAAAUCAGACGGUGGAUUCUGUUUCACCAUAUGACCAUAUAACAGAGGAGAUAACAGAUUUCUCUGUACGCCCGACGGAGGCAGACGUCAACACCGAGAUAUGUGGUUCCCCGGUCGUCAUAGCUCCGCCCAUGUGUUUUUCUGACAGUCUUAGCUCGUUACCUAGUACCAUGACAGCGCGUUCCUCUAAGUCGUCUAAUGUGCCUUCUUCAAAUUCUACCGUUGCAAGCAGCAAUAUUAGUUUGUCAGAGUUCUUUUCUAAGGUCAAACACGAAAAUCAAAAUUUUAACAUGGACGUUGACGAAGAAGGGCCCCCAGAACCAGUAGUACCUACCUAUAGCAAUUCCUAUAUGUUCACAGGAGAUGUGUUUAUCAGUCCGGACAGUGAUGGCAGUACAGAAAGCCUCCAUAGUCGCGCCGAAAGUGACAUCAGCAGUCGAGGAAGCAUCUGCGAGAGCUGGAAUAGCUGGGAAGAAAAUAAGUACCGGGUUGUGCGUAGGAAGAAUAUUCAAGAAAUUCCAAGAAACGGUCGGACAAACCCACUUCCCGUGGCUAUUGACAGCCGGUCUGACUCUGGCCAGGGCAGGAGUGUGUCCCUCUGUGAUGACCUCAUACACUUUGAUGACCCGUCAAAAACGUCAUCAACUAGCAGUAUUGUCACAUGUAAGGUUGCAGAUGAGAUGGUGUCUAGUUGUAAUGACUUAAGAUUGUCUUUAGACGAAAUAACGCGACACGCACGUGACAGCCACGUGGAGAGCUCGUGGCAGGCAUUCUGCCUUGAACGCUCCAGCUCACUUCCGGUCCGUUCGGCGUCAAAACCGCAAAUUCGUGACAUCGACGAAAAUCAGUCUCAGAGUUGGGAACAAAUAAGCCCACGGAGAUCAGAAAGUAACUCCAACUCGCUGAUGAGUACGCCUAGAUAUUCUGACAAAUCUAAACAUGUCACCAAACCGAAGGAUUUAAGACUGAACCUUGCUCAUGAGGACAAACUCCAACUGAUAUCUGACACGUGUUCAGAAGACAGUUCGCAGUAUUCCAACCGCAGUGUUGACUCAGCAAACGAACAGUUAUAUUCUGGAGACAACUCUUUCACACUGUCGGAAUCAUCGGAUUCAUCGGACAUGUCUGUCACUGAAGGUCCUGAGUCUGUCUUGGCCGCCAUAGCGGAAAUGAACGUCUAUCUUGAUCAGGUGUCAACAGGCGAUAGUGCGAAUCAGGGAAGUGCGCACGCGCAAGACUCUGCUUCAAUCAAGCAGAAGAUAAAGAUUCAGCGUGAAAUCAAACGAAAACAAUUUGGUAACUGGAAUGACAAUGCCGUUAUUAUUUGAGUCAUACCUGUUUUGCGGCCGUAUGGUUUUGUUGUGUUACUUUGUAAUAAAUAAUAUGACUUGUAGAGCGUUUUAUUUGAAUACUUUCUUGUAUGGGAGAUUACUCAGUGGAAGUCUCCAUUUUGUGUUUUUGGAGUUACUUAAUUUGAUAUUGUAUACUGUUCAUUUAUGGAAUUAAUCAAAAUGAAAUUCUUCGUUCUA